CCACAACGCCGGAAAAAGAGCGAAGAAACCCCAUCCCUUUCCCUCAACCUUAGCAUAGAUUUUGAAACCUGAGAUUCGCCAUUUCCGUCCCUCUUCUCUUCCAGACGCGUAAGGGCACACCGCAGGUGCUUUAGACGAUAUACAACACGCAUCCGUAGAUUUUUGCAAUGUCUGAGGAUGAUAAGCUGUUGAAGGAGGCGAAGAAGCUUCCGUGGGAUGAGCGGUUGCUGCACAAAAAUUGGAAGGUGCGCCAACGCCGACCUGGCUGCGGUGUUUGAUUCAAUCGCCGAUCCUAAGGACCACCGUUUCCGUGAAAUUGGACCUUUGUUUAAGAAGACGGUGACUGAUUCAAAUGCACCUGUUCAAGAAAAGGCACUUGAUGCGCUGGUUUCUUACUUAAAAGCUGCUGAUGCCGAUGCCGGAAGGUACGCGAAAGAAGUAUGCGACGCAAUUGUGGCCAAGUGCUUGACGGGGAGGCCGAAGACCGUAGAGAAGGCACAAACAAUAUUUUUGCUGUGGGUGGAGUUAGAGGCCGUGGAAUCAUUCCUGGAUGCUACAUUGUAGGAUGCUAUGGAGAAAGCAAUUAAAAAUAAAGUCGCAAAAGCUGUUGUACCUGCGGUAGACGUCAUGUUUCAGGCCUUAAGGUCCACUGAAAU